CCCAACUUUCAUCAGUCCAAGUCAAUAGUCUUGCCCAACUUUCAUCAGUCCAAGUCAAUAGUCUUGCCCAACUUUCAUCAUUCCAAAUCAAUAGUCUUGCCCAACUUUCAUCAUUCCAAGUCAAUAGUCUUGCCCAACUUUCAUCAUUCCAAGUCAAUAGUCUUGCCCAACUUUCAUCAGUCCCAGUCAAUAGUCUUGCCCAACUCUCAUCAUUCUAAGUCAAUAGUCUUGCCCAACUUUCAUCAGUCCAAGUCAAUAGUCUUGCCUAACUUUCAUCAGUCCAAGUCAAUAGUCUUGCCUAACUUUCAUCAGUCCAAGUCAAUAGUCUUGCCCAACUUUCAUCAGUCCAAGUCAAUAGUCUUGCCCAACUUUCAUCAUUCCAAGUCAAUAGUCUUGCCCAACUCUCAUCAGUCCAAGUCAAUAGUCUUGCCUAACUUUCAUCAUUUCAAGUCAAUAGUCUUGCCUAACUUUCAUCAUUCCAAGUCAAUAGUCUUGCCUAACUUUCAUCAUUUUAGGUCAAUAGUCUUGCCCAACUUUCAUCAUUUCAAAUCAAUAGUCUUGCCCAACUUUCAUUACCUGCUUUGCUAUUUUCAAUUGUCUUACUUUCAUCAUUGCACUUCAAUCUUGUGUUUUAUUAUAUAUUCUUAG